AUCCAGAUUGUCAGUCUCAACUCUUGCUCAACCUCCACCACUAGUUCAGAUAUGCAGCUACAUCCCAUCCAAAUCCACUGGGUCCUUUGGACAUUUCCUCAUCCAAAAAUAUCUCCUUUCAGUAACAAGAUCCAGCCUUGGGAGUUGGGAGCUAAGCCCUCUUCUAAUUCUCUCCGAGUCCUCCAGAGUUUUUUGUUUCUUCCUUUUCUCAUGCUAAAAAUGCUUGCAGCUAGCUCUGUAAUGAACAGCAACCUUGCUUGCUCAUCAAGGAUAUAUUCCUGCUCAGACUAUGCAUCUAGCCAUUCCUGGCGUCCCAUAGAACCCGUGAAACUCCACCGGGAGCGUGCUGCGAGGUCGCUACGUAUAAGUUGUGCUGCCACGAAGCCUGCAAAGACUCCUGCUGAAGAAGAUUGGAGAAUCAAGCGGCAACUCCUUGCAGAAAAACAGGUGCGCAGUGUUGAUGUGAAGGAAGCGCUGCGCCUUCAAAAGGAGAACAGCUUUGUAAUUCUUGAUGUCAGACCAGAAGCAGAGUUUAAGGAGGCUCAUCCACCUGGUGCCAUCAAUGUCCAAAUAUACAGAUUAAUAAAGGAGUGGACGGCAUGGGACAUUGCAAGGCGUGCAGCGUUUGCGUUCUUUGGCAUAUUUGCCGGAACAGAAGAGAAUCCUGAGUUCUUACAAAGCGUUGACGCGAAAGUUGGUAAAGAUGCAAAGAUAAUUGUGGCAUGUUCUACAGGAGGGACACUGAGGCCGACACAAAAUUUCCCUGAUGGAAAGCAAUCUCGUUUAAUUACAUGGCGUGUUCGGCUGCUGUCCCGCUGAGCUUUAGCACUUCAGUUUUCAGUGUCUGCAAGGGUAAGCCAUAAUUUUAGCAGUAGCAGUUUGAUGCAAAUCGACCAACUUAAUCACUUAUCACAAAUCACGUAACAAAUUUGGGAUGAUACAUGGGAAAGUUUUACAUACAGCUUCCACUUUAGUUUGAAAAACGAAAAUGGCAUCUUGAGACCAUUUAGUGUUUCUGCAAUUGCAUCCUUAGUAAAAAAAUAACCUAGCAAGUGCAAAUUGUUCAAGGCUAUCAAUUGGGUACCUGUUGAGUUUACUUUGAGGCAAGAUCAUGUAUGUUAUACUCACAUUGACUAGUUCUAAAUAUUGUGCUGUUCUCUCAGAGGAAGAUACAUAUCU